AUGGCUCUCGAGGUCCAAGCAAGCCGCCAGCAUCCCCAGGACUUCUCCUGCAAAUGGCGCCUUCGCACCCUUCUCGGUCCAGCCCCGAGACCUGACGUCCUGCAAACGGGCCCAACCAUGGCAAAGGCCCAGGGCCCCUUACUCGCCUCCUCGAAGCAGCUGCUCGGAAACGACACGCACCAUUCGCACUCCUGGGACACCAGGGGCUGGGAACCAAAGGCGGCCACUCGCCGCUCUUGCUCCCCCCGUCCGCCCACGGCGCCUGUCUCGUCCCCCCGUCGAGCCAAGCCAUCUCAAUUCCUCCCUAUAGCGUCUCUCCUCAACCCACAUACCGGACUCAAGCGUCGUCGCCACGACCUUGACGUCGAUGGCCCCAACACGGCCGCCUUGAGCUCAAAGAAACGCCGCCUUCGACUCCACCUCGUCACCAGCCCGCUCUCGAGACCCUACGCGCAGCCGGCCUCGCACAUCCACGUCCGCACCGACACAAAAGCCACCGCCAGUCGGUCUGCCAAGGAGGCGACCGUUUCCGCCCAGCCAAGGCUGCCGCACUUGCCCGCAACCUCGUUUCUGCGCCUCUCUGUCGUGAACCGCAUGCGAGAACGCAUGGAACUCAGAGGACCGCCAAUUUUGAGGCCGGGCAGGCCAGACGCCAGCUUGGACACCCUGGACCCCACGCCUCGGGCAUCUUGGUUUCAGUCAAGGUCGAGGUACGAGCCAGGAGGCAGGAUGCUCGGCCCGGGACCGUCGGACGCAGGUGCGGGGCGCCGUCUCAUCGCCAAGCGGCCCGACCGUCUUUGCCCGUCGAGAGAAAGACCGCUUCCUCCUCCUGAGAAGACGCUGCCGGAGCUGCAAAGUCAGCCCACUCCGCUCCCUACGGGACUGAGAUUGGCCGCAAUCGACACAAUCACCUCGCUUCUUUCCGAUGCUCCACCGCUCGCAUCCGAAGACCGACUCUUCACUAGUGUCCACGAUGACUUCGGCCAAGAUGGCUUUUCUUUCUCGAACCACAGUGACCAGGGCUUUCAUGACGCCUCCGAGGAGCCCCGAGAUCUGUACUGCAAUUUCGGUGUGCUACUCGGCAAGGUUCGGCCACGUUGUGCUGGCGGCCCAGACCAACGUGGGGGAGAUGCCGAGGGGCUCAAAGAAGUGCCCUGGGUAGCCCGGUGA